AAACUAGUCAUAUUAAUUAGGUCCGCUCCCCUCUUAUUUCAGUUUUCAAACUUGAAGCUGUCUCCAGCGAGUAGAGACUCAGCCAGUCAGCCUUCAUCUUUCCUGUCGUUCCCUUCGGGAUUUCUUCUCUGAAGUUCGGCUCUCCCCGCCUCUCUAUCUCUAGUCGUGAGCUUUCCCGUUAAUCGUUAACCUAAUCUUUCAUUGCAUUAAUUCUGCAGAAUGUCGCGUGUUUAUGUUGGAAACUUGGAUGCACGCGUUUCUGAGCGUGAUCUUGAAGAUGAGUUCCGCGUUUUCGGCGUUAUACGAAGUGUAUGGGUUGCACGGAGGCCUCCAGGCUAUGCAUUUAUUGAUUUUGAUGAUACUAGGGACGCAAAAGAUGCAAUCCAUGCUUUGGAUGGUAAAAAUGGUUGGAGAGUUGAGCUUUCACACAAUUCUAGAGGCGUUGGUGGAGGUGGAGGCGGUGGUCGGGGUGGAGGCCGUGGGCGAGGUGGUUCUGAUUUGAAGUGCUAUGAAUGUGGGGAGACAGGUCACUUUGCUCGUGAAUGUCGUGCACGUGGUGGUGGAGGCGGUGGAGCAAGGCGCCGUAGCCGCAGCCGCAGCCCAAGAUACAGAAGGAGCCCAAGUUAUGGUAGGAGGAGUUACAGUCCCCGUGGUAGAUCUCCGCCUCAGAGGCGUCGGAGUCCCUCACCUCGUGGAAGAAGCUACAGCAGGUCACCACCUUUCCGUGCUCGUGAAGAGCUGCCUUAUGCUAACGGAAAUGGUGUAAGAGAGCGACGCCGGAGCAGGAGCUAAAUUGGGUUGUGUACUAUGAGGAUAUUUGGGUUCAUGUAUGUAGUCAUGCUUGGAAAGCGAUGAAUUCUGUUUAAGCUGGGUGUUGCCUGCAGCCAUAGAUCUUUUUGGUUAAGUUCUUUUCUUACUGUGUUAAUUGACACCUUGGGUUAAACUUGUGUAUGGUGGUAGCUUCUUUUAUAUUUACUCUUGAAUACAUUGCAAAAUAGCUGGCUAAGUUUUGUACUUUUUUUUCUUGUAACGAGGUCUCUUCAUGGUUCUGCUACAUUGGUACUUGGUAGUGUGCUCCUUCUGCUUCUACAUCAUUGGUUUUCUGCUUCUGCGUCAUUGGUUUUCUGCUUCUACGCCAUUGGUAGUCUGCUUCUAGUUUCCUCUGUGGUUUAGUUGUUCUCUGCCGUCCCUAGGAUCUUCAAUUUGAGUUAUUGUGGAUCUCGGCUGACUUCAUCACUUGGAAAAGCCCUGCUUAAUUCAAUCUGCAGCAUGAUCCUUCUCCCUCCCCUGUUCCUUACUGCCUUCCCCAGGAUCUUCAAUUUUGAUCUAUUGUGGAUCCAGGUUGGCUUCAGCACUUGGAAAGCUGUUUCUUGACUGAAUCUCGCCAGCAUGAUGCAUCUCCUUCAUAUCUUAGUGCAACUUUUUUCUGUUGUUUACCUGGAUACACAAAUUUCAUGAAUCUAUUCUGGCAGGCAAUUGUAGAAGUCGAUACUUUUCAGAACCUGUUAUUUCAAGUGCUCCUCGAUAGGGUCCCAAUGACUAGGUAUUUUGAAGUACGAUUAACUUGCGGAACCUGUGGAAUCUUGAGUGUUCUGCUGCUUUGUUAGGUUUAACUUUUUCUAGUUUUUGUUUCCUUUGGGGUGAAAGGCAGUGAUGGCCUGUGGGAGGAUGGUUUUAUGUAGUAGUUGAUUGGGCAAAUUUCUUUUCAUAUAUUACGUUAGUCUUUUUGCAUGCCUUUAUUUGUGAGAUUACUGCAUGCCUUUAUUUGUGAGAUUACAUUCAUUGAUCCGAGAGGCGAGAGAGCUCUAUAGACUAUACUGCAUGUUCUCAAACAUGGGACUGACUUGCUCUUGAGUCUUGUUGAAUUGGAAGUGAUCAAUGGUCGGUCAUGUUUCUUGGUGUCAAUUAUCAAUGGGCAUUUGCAUUGAUGAA